AAACACAUGAAGAACGCUUCCAAGCGAACAUCGACACCUCAGACUGGCAAAACGCAGUCGAGUAUUAAGGCCUUUUUUACACCUGAUAAUGUUUGCAAUCCCAAGCCUACCAGCAAACCUGCCGCGCUCGAUUCUAGUCGCUCAAAGAAGACUGUUGACAAUACUGUUGAGGAUACGCGUACUUGCCCUAAUGACUCGCAGGAUAUUCGUCUCGAAAAUAUUAAAAUAAAAGAAGAGAUGGAGGUAGACGUUCCCGAGAAGAAGAAGCAGCUUAAACGGCUGAAACAGAAACGUAAAACGAUUGUACUGUCAGAGGAUGAAGACGGUGAUGACGGAAUGCAGGAAUUCCAUGGUGCAUCAAAUGAUCAACUCAACCAAAAGAAAAAGCAAAAAGUCUUUUCGGAUUCCAACUCUGUAACGACAUCACCAGAAGUCAUGGAUGUAGACAAUCCAGCAACCCCUCGCAAGUAUACGUUCCGUAAAAAACAACCCCGUUCAUUUAAAAGUCGGAUUACGGAUUACAGGAACAUGCUAUCCGAAUCAGAAAACGAAUCAGAGGACUUGAACAGAGACGAUGAUGAAUACCAAGAUGACUCGGGCGAUUCUCCUCCAACUACACCCUCCUCCAGUCCAGUAAAAUCUUCGCCGCCCUCUUCCUCGAAAAAAGGCAAAUCUGCUGUAACAGCCGCAGGCCACACUGCGAAACGUUCCAACACAUCAACUGACUCAAUAUCCACUUUGUCCAGCACUAACAAUGACUCUCGCUUGCAAAAUUUUGCCUUUUCUAAAAACUCUUCAUCUCCAACCAAAACAACCUCUUCACCUCCGACAACCAGCACGGCCGUCUUAUCUCCACAAGACCGUAAAAAGGAACGUCAAAAACAACGGCAAACGGACUUUAAAUCCAAAAAUGAAGAACGUUAUGCUUGGCUUCUCAAUGUUCGUGAUGCUGAAGGCAAUCCAGAAAACUCACCCAACUACGACUCGCGCACGCUGUACAUUCCACCCGAUGCGUGGAAAAAGUUUACACCAUUUGAAAAGCAAUUCUGGGAAAUCAAGGGCACGCACUGGGAUACCGUCGUAUUCUUCAAGAAAGGAAAGUUUUACGAGCUGUACGAGAAAGACGCAGAUAUUGGUCACAAAGAGUUCGACUUGAAAUUGACGGAUAGGGUCAACAUGAGAAUGGUUGGAAUACCUGAAAUGAGUUUCGAACAUUGGGCAGGCAAAUUUAUCGCCGCGGGGUAUAAGGUUGCCAAGGUAGAUCAGAUGGAGACCGCCCUCGCGAAAGAAAUGAGGGAAAAGUCGAAUAAACCCUCUUCCAAAUCAGCUUCGAGCCAACCCGAGAAAAUAAUUCGACGCGAAUUAACCACAAUCUUAACUGCUGGCACGUUGGUCGACCCUUCGAUGCUUUCAACACCGCAUUCUACAUACUGCAUGUCAAUAAAGGAAUACUUUUCUUCUGCUGACUCUUGUCCAACGUUUGGCAUUGUUUUCGUCGAUACCUCCACGGCCUCAUUUCACUUUUCCUCUUUUACGGAUGAUGCCGAUAGGUCACAAUUCGAAACGCUAAUUGUGCAGGUAAAGCCGAAAGAAAUUGUAUUUGAAAAAGGGUUGCUCAGUCCAAAGUCAAUGAAGGUUUUGAAAAACUGUCUAGACGAGCCAAUUCUGAACGGGAUAAAGAGUGGGACAGAGUUCUGGAAUGCCGAAGAUACGAUAAGAGAGUUGACAAUUGGACAGUAUUUUAAGAAAACAGUUGACGAGCGUGAGGGCACUCGUAGUAAUGACGCGGCCGAAUCCAACGAAACUGAUGAACUUCCUCCUAUCCUAACUGCAAGCAAAACAUCCCCACAUCUUCUUUCAGCCCUUGGUGGUUUAACGUAUUACCUACGCACAUUGCAACUGGAACGUGCUCUUCUUUCACUUGCCAACUUCUCUUAUUACACUCCUCUGCAUCCUUCGUACCUCCUUCUUGACAGCCGUACAUUAUCGAAUCUCGAAGUAUUCACCAACAGUUAUGAUGGAAGCACCGCAGGGACAUUAUUCGAAUUAAUAGAUCAUUGCACGACGGCGUUUGGAAAAAGAACGUUGCGAAAGUGGACCUGCCAGCCGCUAUGGAAGAUUGAGGAAAUCAAAGAAAGACAAGACGGUGUAGAAGUAUUUAUCAGAGAACAUGAAUUAAGAACCUGGGUGGAAUCGUGGGGCAGAGAACUUACUGAUUUAGAACGAAUCAUAAGCAGAGUGCAUGCCCGAGGAUGUAAAGUGGGAGAAUUUGUGGGAAUGUUGGAAAGCUUUGAAAAUGUUGUAAACAGCUUGCACGUUCUCACGACUCCGUCGUACCAAUCGAAAAUUUGUUCCUCGUCUCGUUUACUUUAUCUUGUUUCCUCUAUGCCUGAUUUGAGGUCAAAACUUGAAUAUUUCCGGAGUGUGUUUGAGUAUAAAGAUGCCAAGGCGAACGGAUUUAUAACGCCGCGAGAUGGGGCUUAUGACGAUUACGACGAAAGUCGAAAUAAAGUGAGGUCAAUCGAAGAAGAACUUGAACGGUAUCGCAUGACGGUUUCAAAAAAACUUGGAGUGACUGCGAAAUACAAGGAUGUUGGUAAAGAGAUAUACCAACUUGAGGUUCCGGGCAGUGUUAAAGUUCCCGGCGAGUGGACAAAAUUAACUAGUACAAAGGUCGUAAAUCGUUAUUGGACUCCGCAUCUACAAAAACUAAUUCGAGAACUUCAAGAAUCUCGUGAAAUUCAAUCAUCCGUCCUCCGUCUGGUCCGUGAUAGAUUAUACGAGAAAUUCGAUGCGUCGUAUACAGAAUGGUUACAAGCCGUGAAAAUUGUGGCGGAGAUAGAUUGCUUAGUGAGUUUAGCUAAGUGUUCGCUAGCACUUGGUGCAACAAGAUGUAUGCCCCAGUUUGUUGAGGCCGACAAGAACUUUAUUAAAUUUGAAGAUCUCCGACAUCCGUGUAUUACUCCGAGAAUCGCAAACGAUUUCAUCCCUAAUAAUAUCUCACUAGGUAGCGAUGAGCCCAACAUGAUUUUGUUGACAGGACCCAACAUGGGUGGGAAGUCGACCUUACUAAGACAGACUUGUGUAGCAAUAAUAAUGGCUCAACUCGGCUGCUAUGUUCCGGCGUCUUCUUGCACACUGACACCUUUUGACCGUAUUUUCACUCGCAUCGGAGCAAACGACCGUAUUCUUAGUGGACAGUCAACCUUUAUGGUCGAAUCGAUUGAAACAGCAAAAAUUCUUAACGAAGCCACUCACCGCUCAAUGGUUAUUCUUGAUGAACUCGGUCGUGGAACAUCGACUCAUGAUGGAUAUGCCAUUGCCUAUUCCGUAUUAACCCACCUUGUGAGGGAGACUAAAUGUGUUGGAUUGUUUUCGACUCACUAUGUCAGACUGACCGAUGAGUUUAAAUCAGACAGGGCUGUAAAAUUGAUGCAUAUGCAGUGUGAAGUCAAUGAGGAAGAACGACGGGUGACGUUUUUAUAUAAGCUGAUAAACGGAGUUUGCCCGAGAUCGUAUGGACUGAACGUGGCUAGAAUGGCCGGAGUGCCAGAGGUGGUUGUUUCCAGAGCCGAGGAAAUUGCAGAGGAAUUUGAGAAAAAGUGUCAGAUUGGUCAGUGA